AACAUAAACGGUUUUUUUGUUGACUACAAACGGUGGUAUGGAUUUUUACAAAGCUAUAGACACCACCAGAUGUCUAAUUUCAAUGGAGUUUGCGUUCUGAAGGAUGAAAAAGUCAUGGAAUUUUACACCUCAAUGUACAGCAGUAUUCCAUCAAUAUCUUUCAGCAAUCAUAGGUAGUUUCAGUUUUGCACUGGUUGGAAAUGCAGAAGGUUGGCCGUCCCCAACCCUCCUCAAGAUGAGAGACAUGGAAACUCCGAUGAUCUUGGACUCCAGCCAAAUAUCUUGGAUGGUCUCCAUGAUUUAUAUCGGACACCUCAUCAGUCCAGUGCCAAGUGGAAUGUUGAUGGACCGAUAUGGUAGGAAAAGAGCUAUCCUCUUAUUAUCACUGCCUCCUCUUUUCUCGUGGAUUUUGAUCUGGUUAACAUCUUCAGCGAGGUAUCUGUACAUUGCAAGAUUCCUUGUGGGCCUUUGGGCUGGAGCGGUUUCGACAAUUAUACCCAAUUACAUCGGAGAGAUUGCUUCGCCAAAAAUACGAGGCUCAUUAACGAUGCUAACUGAUCUGAUGAGGAAUUUAGGAGUGCUUCUAGUCUACUUUGUCGGCCAUUAUGUUUCGUACACAGGUCUUGCUAUGAGUUGUGCAAUUUUGACAUUAGUGUUCAUAGUGUCUUUUUCAUUCAUGCCAGAAUCACCAUACUACCACUUAAUGUGCGGAAAAGAAGAGAAAGCUUAUGAAUCACUCAAUUGGCUGAGAGGGAAAAAAGGGAAAAAGGUUGAUAUCGAGUUGCAGAAGAUGAAGGAAGCCAUCGAGCAACAGCUGAUGAACAAAGGGUCUUUUAAGGAUGUUUGGAAUAACAAAGGAAACCGGAAAGCGUUUAUCAUCUCUGAAUUUUACUCUGUGAUGAAAAGAUUGACAGGUUCGGGUGUUUUACAAGCUUAUGUUGCUAUAACUCUGCCUUCUCUAACAUUUGGGAUCUUGAAUCCAGACGAUUGUGCAAUCUUUUUUGGAUUAACUGGUUUAACUACUUCAUUCGCGACUGUUUUUCUCGCUGUUCAUUUCAACCGAAGGUCUCUAAUGACUCUUUCUGCAGCUGGUUGUGGAUUAACCAUGAUGCUAGUUUCAACAUGGUUCUAUCUCAAUUCUAACACAAACUACGAUGUGGAACCAUACAGUGACUGGUUGUUUAUUUGUUUUAUAGUUUAUAAUAGUAUGUUUGCAUUGGGACUUGGUCCCAUAGGAACGAGUUUGAGAGGUGAGUUAUUUGCUGCAAAUGUCAAAGCAAUCUGUUCUUCCCUCACAACAAUAUUAGUUGCAGUCACCUCAUUUAUCCUAAAUAAAUUCUUUUUGAUAGUAGCAGAAUCUUUAGGUAUGCAUGUAAACUUCAUAAUUUAUACAGUCAGUUGUGUACUUACAAUAGUGUUUACAUGGGUGUAUGUCCCGGAAACUCAUGGUAAAUCUUUAGAAGAAAUCCAAAGAGUGUUAAAUGGGGAGAAAAUUGGUAACAAGACUGAGAAAUUGAGCAAAAGCAGUGUUGAACGGCAUCGUCAGGUGGUACCUAGCAAGGAUGCUUUGUCUUCAUCCAUGAUGGAGUCGUCAAGAAACAUUUAA